CAUCACUGGACAUAGUAUCAAAAUAGUAGACCUUAAUAACUACAAAAAGGUUUAUAAAAAUGACUGAAAAGCCUGGAUGUGGUGAACUGCAACAGUUAGUUCAAGAAGAGGAAUGUGAAGAGCCACUAUGUCCUGGUGGAGAAGCAACACCACCUUCAACACCAGCGAGGUCAAAGCAUCCAAAUAAAAAUGAUACACAUAGUUCUCAUGUAUCACAACAAGUACUAUGGGAAAGUAAUACGGAAAUAUCACCAAUUGUUAGUAAAGGAAGUUCUGGUCAAGCAACAAGUCAAGGAUCUAUGGUUUCGGGCAGAGCUGUGAAUCUUUCAAAUUAUGGCAAUCAGUCUCGUCUAAGUUACAUGAAUGAAAAGGAAAGACAACGACCAACUCGCCCAGAGUCAUCAAAACUUAAUCGUCAACAUAAAGGUAUGGCGCCAUGCAAACAUCAUUGCUUUUUAUCAGAGGUUCCUGAUGUUCGACGUAUGGAGCAGGCUUUAUUACAACUUCUCGAAGAUUUUCAUAGUGGUAAUUUACGUGCAUUUGGCAAAGAUUGUAGUAUGGAGCAAAUGACAGAAAUACGGGAACAACAAGAACGAUUAGCUAGGCUUCACUUUGAGUUAGGUCAAAGACAAGAUAUCAGUGGAGAACAAUCGGGUCUUCGACAUUCAAGUGCUAAUAUGCGACAUUUAUUACAUCGUCUUCAACAGCUCAGUAUUUGUAUUGAAAAACUACACAGUAAAUAGUCAUAUAAUAAUUAAGUAUAUAUACGUAUGUAAAUAUAAUAAACAU